UAUAUCGAGGUAACUCCACUCCACCAUUGUUAUGUUAUCCAGCGAGUAUAAAGGGCAGUACAUUUCAUCGGGAGGGUUUUGUACUGCUUUGAGUGAGUAAUCCGAAUACAGACAGGGCUGCUGCUUCGUCGCCGGGAAUACAGAUAGUCGGAAAAUGCCUUGCCUUAACCUGUCAACGAAUGUUAACCUGGAAGGCAUCGAUAUCUCCGCCAUCCUCAAAGAAGCUACUUCCGUCGUUGCUAAGCACACCGGAAAACCUGAAAGCUAUGUGAUGAUUGUGUUGAAAGGAUCUGUACCAUUGUCUUUUGGAGGGACAGAGGAGCCAGCAGCGUAUGGUGAGUUGGUCUCUGUUGGGGGACUGAAUGCUCAGGUUAACAAGGAUCUGAGUGCUGCCAUUGCUACCAUACUUGAAGCCAAGCUGAAAAUCCCCAAGACACGCUAUCUCCUCAAAUUCUAUGAUUCCAAGGCAAGCACAUUUUAUUACGUUUGCUCUCUCUAAAUGGUUUGAAGGAUGAUCCUUUCAACUCAUUUUGCAUUUUCUCGUUGUUUAGGCCAAUCCAUGUCAAGAAUAUGCACAAUGCCUUCAUGCUUUACACCAGAACUAGUAGUUGAUAAUGGCUACAACCUUGGGUGGAAUGGCUCCGUCUUCUAGCUGCCGGCGUGCCCAUAGUAUUGAACUCGGGGUUUGAUUGUGCUUAAUCCUUUUAUGAACAUUGUAUAAUAUGCAUUUGAUGCAAACUAGAAUUAUGUCUAUCAUUUUACCAUCUGGGUUAGUAGACCUUGAAAUACUGACUUGCCUUUUGAAUAAUAUUCGAUGACCAAUGUCCUGGACUUCAUUCGAAGUCCUCCUUGGCUUUUGUCUCAAACGUCUCUUCCUUCAUAUAUCCAUGGUUCUUCUAUAUAAGUAUAUAUGGUCCAUUACUCUACGUCUUUACCACGGAGUAUUAUGGAAUCGUAUAAACAUCUUUCAAACUUAAAUUAGCUAAUAACACCUAAAAUUCCCAAUCCUAAACACAACCGGAAUUGAUCGAAAGAUUGUAUAUAACUAUGAAUGUUUGAUUCAAAUUUUAUUUAAUUGUGUAAUCCGGAGUAGUAUAUAACUAUGUACUUGAGGUGUCUUUAGUUUAUUUUUACUAUUUGUUUUUUCUUU